GUUUCGGUACCGUAUACGGUACCGUAUAUAUAUAUAGCAGAUUGUACUAUUACGCUCCUUCACUUCGGUGUUGUUGAGCACUCUGCGGAGUUGUUAAUGGAUGUCUAUUAGCGAUAAUGCAAAGCUCACUUCCCUUGUGGUCGUUUGAGCACUCUGGCUCCAUUACGCUCUGCGCAUGUCUGGAUGCGUUGAGUCACCGUGUUGUACCACAUGCCUUGGUGAGAGCAAGUAUUGAGGACCAAUAGUCCAGAAAUGGUUACCCUUUAUAAAUAAUGAGGACCAGUAGUCCAGAAAUGGUUACCCUUUAUUUCUUUACUCCGACUCCCAUGAUAAACAUGUACGCAAAAAACUAGGGAAACUACGAUUAGAUAGAAACUAAAAUACGUUAAAUUUUUAUGGGACACGAUAAAAGGCGAGGAUAUAAGAGCGAGAGAUUGAAUUUGAGUAGCAAAGGCAAUCCUCUUUAUGUUACUCUGUGAGGCUAUAAUGCCCAAACUGAACAACAAUAGUGAAGUUUGAUGCUUGUGAUGUUACUCUGAGUGUAUAUCCACACCGGGCAAGCUUGAAAAAUAUGCCUGACCACGGUGGGAAUCGAACCUACGACCUUUGGAAUGCUAGCCCAAUCUGACCGCGUAGCUCAGUUGGCAGAGCAUUGGGCUAGCAUUCCAAAGGUCGUAGGUUCGAUUCCCACCGUGAUCAGGCAUAUUUUCAAGCUUGCCCGGUGUGGAUAUACACUCAGAGUAACAUCACAAGCAUCAUAUUCACCUGAGUACAUUACACCAACACAGUAAAAAUAGUGAAGAACUAAAACAAUAAUAAUGUUUAUUAAAACCUCACGGUUGAAUAAGUGACGUAAUCGACUCUAUUUAUUUGUGACAUUUUGUUCAUACAAGGUCAAUACGACUGUUGUCACAUGAUUAUCAUGAGACAUGCAUAAGAUAAGGUCACAAGAUUAUCAUAAGUCAUGCGUGUGUUCCACGUAAUACCAAGAUCCUUUGCGAUUUGCUUCUUAAACUCUUUGUCCAUCAGGGUAAACUAUACAUCAUGAGGUAAGCGUGAAAGCGACAUAAUGACGUCUGUGAGGCACCCUAAACUGAUUGUCAACUUGACAAUAUUAUCCAAGAAGUGCUCCAAUGGUACCAAUCUGCAGGGUUGAUAUGCUUGUUCAAGGGUCAUGUAGAGAGCAAGGCCUAAUUGUUGUUCAAAUGUCAUGUAAGGAUCUUUGAUUCUCUAAGAAGUGUAUUCAAUCACUUAUGUACAGCAAAUGUGAUUUCCAACCUCGGCCGUCCUCGUUCUUCUUUUCUAUGUUCUAUACUUAUAGACGACUGCAUGCGUAAGUUGUAUCCUUGACAGUUCUCAUAAUUGUCGUCUUCCACAUUGUUGGAUCAAAAUUCAAUUUCUUCACGCAGUGUGCACUCAAGCUACUUCGAAGAAUCUCGAUAUCUUGAGAAGAACUCAGUACAUCAAGCAACUCUAUCGCUGCAUACGCCAUCUUUUCAUUUUCAACGAGUGAGAGAUACCCAUGCAUGGAACUCUGUCCCAUAAAGGUAUUGUAAACUCCUAUUCCAGUUUCACUUUUGAACCUGUGCUCUCGUCCACAACACUAUUGUAUCACCUUAGUACUUCUCUUUCCUUCGAAUAUUAUACUAUUGCACUUAGCUUCCUUUCGACUGCGAUGAAACAAAAUCGACUAAUUUGAUUAUCGUACUUUCGACAUGGAUUAUCUUUUUUUCUAACUUCGUUUAUCGUGUUUUCGACUUCGAUUCGAACAUAUUUGACUUCAAAUACAACUAUGCUCAACUUCGAUUUGAAUUUUUGUUUUCGUCCUUUUGUCCGAAACGCCAUAUGCACGUGUCAUAAUAAACAGCAGAUUUGAAUAUUAUUAUACCUAUUUCAUGUGAAAGUGAUAACUUUAUCUCUAUAAAAUUCUAUUUAUAAACUAGAUUCUGCUAAAAAUACAAGCGGAUGUAUCUAAAGAUCUUUGUUGGAUUAACAUUAGUAUACCAGACAAUGGAAAAAGAUGAAAGUUCGCAGGGCAGUACACGCCAUCUGCGACAAGAUGAACACAAGAUGAACUCUCAUGACGCAAAUACUCAUAACAAUUCUACAAGUGAAACGGAAUGUUUACGAACACACAACAUUACCUACAAACUUAAGGCGGUAUCCAUACGAGAACAACGAAAACGAAAUUUAUCAGAACUAUAUUACGAUUCGUCAUCGAAAAUUGUGAGAAAGGAACAACGGGAUGUUAAUUUGGAGAGGGAGAAAAAAGGAAAGAGAACUGAUGGUACUGAAGCUGGAAACAGAAAGCAGAAUUUACUUCAGCAAUUAUUGAAGAAAGACAAAGAUGGAGAUACGUAUGUAUAUUAUGUUGUUCGACAGACUUGUAGUUAAAUAUUAUCGCAUUAUCUACUAACAGGUAUAUAGACAUUCCUCUUACAUCAGACAAGUUAUUUGCAUACAUGCAGGGCCACGACCAUUUUCGAUUUUAGAUAUCCAGUUUCAUUUUCAGAGAUAUAGAUACUGAAAAUAGUUGUCUUUUGAAAAUAGGAGUCUUUUUCAUAGUUUUUGUCUAGUUUAUUGUAGUUAUUUUGGUCAUUGCACGGGCCCCAAUUUUAGAGAAAUAUUUUAUACGUGAUCCUUAUAAUUACAAUACCGUAAUAUUAGUCUAUUAAUAGAAUAUGGACGUGCUUAUAAUUUGAUAUCACAAUACAAAAAAAUACAGGAUGGAUUAUUACAGAUUUUAAGAGUUGAGCUCGGAUUCAAAAACUAGUUUACACACUUCCGAAAUUAAAUCGAUUCCGAAAUUAAUAUGUCCACAUGCAACCUCGUUCCCAUGGCAUAAGUUACAUGUUAUCAUGGAACGUGGAAAUGAGUGGCCAAAUAUACCAUUUCACAUGCAAAAAGAUGUGCAUUCCGGAGUUAUAUUCCUGUUGUCAAGAGCAGAGAAAGAACAAAAAAUUAAAGAAAAAAGUAACAUAAUAGUUGAUAGGAUCACGAAGCCUCGUUCUAAGACUAAGAUAUUGUUCACGGUAAUUCAACGGUCAGUCGUUGAGGGACAGCUUAUUUACGAUCAGAACUGGUUAAUAAUGACAUACAAAAUCUAAUCAUUUAUCCAUCUACAUGUGUUAUGUGGGAGGAAAAUUUAAACAAAAUAUUAGUUGUAUUUUGAAAAACAACAGAUGUUCAGCACGUGUAGGGACAUUGAAUUAGUCAUAACAAAUGAAACUCCCUUAAUAUGAAAUUACAUCAAAUGAAAAAUAUGUUCAUUAGUUUAAACACGACAAGCCAAUGUUUUAGAUAUGAUAAAGUACGGAUUGCGAGUUUGAAAAUCAACGUUGUCUAAGCCGAGAAAAUCAAAUUUAAAGUUUAAUUUAGAGAAAAUCAAAUUUAAAGUUUUGAACUUUUUCGUAUUGUGAUACAUUAUACUGAUACAUUAUACUCAACACGUCUGCAUGUCAUUGAAAGUUAUCAAAAUACCACUACGAAAUUCCCCACUAUAUGAUAUAUGUAUAAUGUAGGUAAGUAAGUAAGUAAGUAAGUACAGAGCCAAGCUGAAUUACGACUUACGAGGGACGCAGCUCAACCUGAUCGAGUCGAAUGCUUUCUAAGGGCGCCUAUGGCAGCCACUUUAUGACUCAUGUCUGAUCACGGAGUACAGCUACGGUGGAAGGGUCAGUUAGGGAGAUUAUCCCAACCCACCCUGUCGAAUAUUCCCUGUGGGAGGAAACCGGAGUACCCGGAGAAAAUCCAGGUGAAAUUAAGGCGCUUGCUCUGACGAAUGUGCUUUAUCUUUAGUAUUCUCCAUCUUUCAAUUGUUCAUCACGACGUAAAAAGAAGCAAAACCGUAAUAGAAAUAAUGAGUGGGGAAUCGCUGGACGUUGUUAACAAGUUACAACAGGUUUGUGAGCACAACGUUGCCUGAAUUAUCUUAAAUUAAAAGAUAGUAUAACUUUAUAUACCCACAAUCAUAUUUGUAAAAUUGAACUCUGUGUGGAUGGUACAGUAACCAGGCCUGAUUCAAGAUGGCGCCCUUCAGUUGUUACGAAUUAAAGUUAGAUUGCUAGAUUUUUAUAAAAUAAAUUAACCCCAACCCUAGAAAUCAAAAUUAGUAAGGAAAAGGAGUAGAGCUGUGUGGUUCCAAAAAAAUUAUCUCGGUUUCGGUUCCGUCUUUUUUGGAACAGAAAAACCUCGGUUCGGUUCUUCUCAAAAAAGAACAGUGCAAAUGUAUGAACUCAUUUAUGUAUGUUUCGAGCAAUUUUACUAAAUAGAUGAAUUUAUGCCUUAAAUUGUAAGUUUGUAUAAAUCUCUGAAUAUUUUAAAAGAACAAUCCAUUUGGAAUUUAUUUAUGAACAUAAAAUAUUUCUUUUUUAAAAAAAUUUAAAGCAACUGCACAACAAUAACUAUUACAACUACAUAAAAUAUCAACUAUUUGAGCACUUUGUACAGUGCAUAUUGUGCACAAAGAGCACAAUCUUGUUAUUUUCCAUUCAAUUCAACCUGCAAUCAGGUGGGCGUUUCGCCGGCGUUAAACGGGAAAUUAAAACCGAAACUACCGGUUCUUUUGCGUAUAAUUUUUCGGUGCUAAAAAAAGAAUCGGAAGGACCGAAUUUUUCGAUUAACCGCACAGCUCUAAAAAGGAGAAACAACGAAGAAGACCUGUAGGGAUUCGAACUAUAUGUGAUCGAGCAAGCAAACACAUUGACCGAUUAGUUUGUUGAUUAGAUUUUGUUUACAUUACGGACUCUACAGGGCUUGCGGAGGAGGCAGGGACUCUACAGCAUCUGAAAGUAAAAGACCCUGACAAAAGAUAAAAUACACAACAGUCGUCAGUGUGUAUUACUUCGGGGACGGAAAAAAAUCGAAAAUUCAAUACCUCGGGGACGGAAAAAAUCGAUGAAACAAAAUAGCUGAAGACAUUGCACGCCUCCUCUCCUAAUUUGUCCUAAUGAGCUAUCUUAAGCUACUUUAUUCACAUUCAAAUUGUAACACCGUUCUUACUUUUCCCCAACAGACACCUUUACAUCUUUCUAUUCUGACCUGUCAACCAAUCUUAGUCGAAUUCUUAAUUUUCCAUGGUGCCAGUGUAAAUACGAGGGACAGAAAUGGUCAAACGGCGCUACAUCUUGCUUCGAAAAACGCAGAUAGUGAAUGUGUCAAAGCAAUAAAACAUGCAACAGAAUCACCAAGAUAUUCUUCACAUAUUGUUGAUGAAAAACCGGACUUAAACUUGAAAAAUUUUGAAGGUAUCUAACCAAAGCACAACUCAUAAAUAUCUCACUGCUACAUAAUUAGUUACAUUCCUUAACGAGGCAGCUCAAUGGCGCAUUGAGAAACGUUAUAGUAGGAUCACAGAAAUAUCUUUCCCACAUAUUUUCCAAUUAUUUCUACAACAGGUCAACUUUGAUAUCGUUUUAAAUCGUAUUAUAUUAUAAAUUUAUAGAUUGCAAAAGUAGCUUCCUUUACCUUUCCACGUCAACAUCCUUUCAAGUGCACCUAACUCAUUCCUGAGAAACUUUGAAAUGAUUUUGUAACUUAUUUUGAAGAUUUUCGUUCAACCGUUUGCACUCUUUGUCUCUGAAUUAUUUCAGUUUUAUUGAUAUGCAAAUGUCCGGAAUUUACGUCACAUAUGAAUAAUGACUGAUCAAAGAAUGUAAGGUACAGUUAAAUAUCAUGAAAUAAAAAGGCUAAAUGCUAUGUAAUCCUCCUACAACGCUUUUGCUUUAAAUCAUUAUGCAUUUGUGACGUAAAUUCCGGAUAUUUGCAUAAAGAAUUGAGGUUAGGUGCACUUUCAAUUUAUUGCAUCCUCUAGGGACUAGGGAGUAUUCAUUAAUAGCAUUGCUUCUUUUUUACAACUGAUAUUUAAUGUGUACGACUAUGUAUUAUAGGUAAAGCAGCAUUUCAUUUAGCAGCUUUAUCUGGCAGUCAAGAUAUCGUGAAAACGUUGUUAGACAUGAAAGCAGACAUCAAUAUUCAGGUGGGAUAUGUGAAUUUAGUUUAUUUUACGAAUUACUUAUGAGUGAAAAAGUGGAGUGGAAAACCUAGAUGACUUUAAAUUUCAUCACAAUCAAUCCGAUCAUAAAGAGUGACAUGUGGCACUGCAGCCAUUAAGCUGUUGCAAGUGACGUCACGACACAUAAUUCGACGUAAUUGAUUUGGUUUCACUAUUUUGCGAGGCAAAUAUUUAAAGAAAAAUAAGGGAGCAUCCAUUAUUGAGUACGUACGAAAAAAACGUCCAAAAUUGAAACCAUCCCCAUGGCUUUGUACGCAAAGAACAAUAGAAAUGGCGUCAUUUAAAUAAUAGUCAAAGGCAAAAACUGCAAAAUGUCUAAUAUGAAUUGAACAUGUUUAAUAUGAAUUCAGAAUGGUAAUUUUCUGGCGAAUCCAGACAGUGGUUUCCUUUGCUGUCCAUAGUGGCCACCAUUAUUUUUCCAACGCGCGUGUUUCAUAGCGUGACGUAAUACUCCCGCGUGACUGCAAAACCUGAAUAGCAACUUCCUACUUUUCUCACAGUGCACCACGGACAUCGUGGGUACAUUACGAGAAUUUGAUUGCUCAGUCAAUCACCAGCCAAUCACCUUUGGAUAAGGCUGCAUAUAGGUUGUGUAGUAUAAAACUAUAAAAGCGCCAAGUGACGUAUAUCUGGCACUUUCAGGAUUUUAUUGCGUCGAUCGUCAAAGCAUAUUUGAAAUAUCUUAAAAUUUCAUAACCUAAGUUGUUUUGUAAACAAUUUAUUUAGCUUAUUUGAAAAUCAAACCUUUCAAAAAAAAUACAUGGCCUUUAAACGAAGGUAUAGCCCUAAGGUAACAUGGCCUUUAAUAGGAUUAGUUCAGUGUGGGAUAGUGAAGACUUGGAGAUUUUUAUUCUGAUUCGUAUUCUGAACACUGGCCACAGUCACCACAACUACAUAAUUGUAUAUCAAUUAUAGGAUGGAACAUGUGGAAGAACAGCAUUACAUCUUACCGUAGAAUCGCACAAUAUAAAUAUGAUCACUUUCUUAUUGAAAAAUGGCGCUAAUGUGAACGCUACUACAUUCUCGGGAAAUACUGCAUUACAUUUGGCUAGCGGCCUAGGCAUGGACCAGCUAGUUCAUCUACUCAUUCGGAAUGGUGCAAAUAUAAACAUUACAAACAUUGAAGGUGACGCUCCAUUGUAUGCCAAGGUACGUUAGAGUUCACUGUAAAAACAGAUUGGUUAAAAUAACCAAUUUGAAUUGGUUGUCUCAUAUGCACUUAUAUUUAAACAGUUUUUUUAUUGUGAUGUUUGUGGUGUUACUCUGAGUGUGCAUCCACACCGGAGAAGCUGAAAGGUUUGCCUGGCCACGGUGGGAAUCGAACCCGCGACCUUUGGGAUACCAGUCCAAAGCUCUACCAAUUGAGCUACGCGGUUAAGUCGGUUCGAGUUGGUGAUAUUUCGGAACUGAGUCUUGUUCCUUCGAUAUCAAUGAUAUUCUAAGAUAUGAUAGGCUAUAUCUUAGAAUAACAUAUCUUAGAAUCAUAUCCACUGUAAGUAUCAUACUAUAUCUUAGAAUGCCAUUGAUAUCGAAGGAACAAGACUCAGUUUCGAAAUAUCACCAACUCGAACCGACUUGACCUCGUAUAGCUCAGUUGGUAAAGCAUUGGACUAGUAUCCCAAAAGUCGCGGGUUGGUUCCCACCGUGGUCAGGCAUACUUUUCAGCUUGUCCGGUGUGGGUGCACACUCAUGCAUAGUAACACCACAAACAUCAUAUUCACCUGAGUACAUAACACCAAAGUACAUAACACCAACACACACAUUUUUUAUUGGUUAAAUUAACCAAUAUUUUAACCAACUGUAAUCAAUUUCACCAAAUAAUAUUGGUCAAAAGAAAUUAAUGCAUCUGCCUGAGACAACCAAUUCAACGUGGUCAUUUCAACUAACCCGUUUUUACAGUAUAUAUAAUUGAAAUACUGUAUGACGUAGCUAGCGGUGUAGGCAUGGAUCAGAUUGCUCAGCUGUUCGUUCAAAAUGGUGCAGAUGUAAACAUAUUAAAUUAAGGUGAUACAUAUGUACUUCAUUGUGAUGAUUGUAUCACCAUUGUAUACCAAGGUACGCUGGGCGUUAACUAAAUAAAUGUACAAUGCAGGAUGCACACUAUACCGGUGAAAUACGCAGUUAGCGAGUUAGCAACAUUACAUUUAAAUGCAAUAUGGAAUAACAUUUCGUUUAUUGUUAAUUACGUUUUUACAACAUCUAACGGUUUUCAAUAUCUGCAAGUGUUCAUUCGAGGGUAGAGGUUUAAAAUAGUGGAAAUAACGCACAUACGUUUUUUUCUGAUUUAGAUUGUGACAAAUGCACAAUGGAGACCACCAAGAAAAUCUCAAAUGAAGACAAUGCAACAAACAACAAAUCCUGCGUGCUCAUCAAGGACUACGAACAAGAAUGCCAAACUAGUGUCUCAAAGUGCAACCUUAACUUCACGCGUAAAGCUUUAGAAACAAAAAUAGUUAGAUAUCACUCCUAAAAGUGUCUUGAUAAAAAAAAUCAUGUUUAAACAAAUGGGGUCUUCAUUUACGUGCAUAUUUCGAAUGAAAAAUAAACACAGUAUUGCUUAAAAGGUAGGGCUGCAUCGCAUGAUACGAUCAAUCUUGUCAGAAUCUACGACGAAAUGUUAAAUUAAACUUGAUUUAACUAUUAACCAUAAUAUCGUGGAAAGGAAAGAAUGACCAAAGCUAGUCGACAUUCAACGAGUGGCCGUCUGAAAUUCAGCUUUCUGCUAUAGCUAUAUUACAUUUCAUCAUACUUUAUAUAGAAUAACUAUGCAUGUGCUUACCCAAGUGCGCAAAUUGUAUUGUUCGUUACACUGCAUGGCGG